GUUGGAAGGAAGGUCGUUUUCUUUCCUCCGCGCCAGCACAGCGUAGACGAGACGGCUUACUACACCGACAUUACUCGACGGCUCACUCACGCGACGCGACGCAUUCCCUUCAGUCGUGGCACAGCGCUCGUAGCGUGUAGAACGCGGUGGAUUCGUGCAGCCGGUGAUUUCAACGCUCGCAGAAGCGUGCUUGAUUAGCACGCCAAAUAAUCACAAGAGAACUUUAGAAUUUCACGAAUUUAUUGGAAACAUCGAAGAAUUUGUAUCAAGGAAAUAAAACUGUUCCUCAUUCGUGUUUUGUGAAUAAUCGACAGAAGUUUGGAAAGUGUGGAAAGUGUGGAACUUUUCAAAAUUAAAUUCUUCAGGACGAUUCAGUCGAUAACUGUAGUGUAUAAUUUGAAUUGAUCUCAGAAUUAUUUCAAUAGUGUUCGAAAAGUGUAACGUAACAAUUGGAUGCACUCAAUGCCACUUGUUCGCCCAGUGUAAACAUGACUCUCGUGCAUUGACGUGUGUACCGGUCCGCGAGUGCGGCUUGCACUCAGCUACAAAUUCGUAAAAGUGAGAUAAAAGAGGCAUGUUGAAGCACGUGUCGGUCUCGCCGUGGAGAGGGCGAGCGGACAGCGUGAGUCUUGCUUCGAGCGGGGGUGCGAGUAGCUGCGGAAGCGGAAGUCCUACCCCUGGUCAUACACCACCGCCUUCAAGAGCAUCUUCCUGCGCUUCGCUGGCGCCCUUAACGGCCCUCUCGAGCUUUUCUCCGGCCGAUACGUCCUCGCAGCAGACAACCAUAAAGGUGUACGCGAAAUGUCUGCGGCCGGACAUCGAGUACAAAACUCUGAGCAUCACGUACGAAACGACAUGCCGUGAGAUCGUCCAGAACUUAUUGAACAAGUAUCGUAUGAGGCAUCGCGAUCCAAGGCUAUUCUACCUCACCAUGGAGGUCACUGUGAGAAGACCGAACGUGAGGACCGUGCUACCCCUGGACGAGGACGCGAGGCCUGCCGUUUUGCAAUCGUGUCAUCCUCGUGGCGAUUCCAGAUUCUCCUUGCAGACGCAUCGUGGUGGGCUUGUCAAAAUACACGACAGCGCGCUCAUGUCCGGGUAUAAGAGUCUGUUAGUCUCGGAACAGACUACUGUGGACGAAUUGAUCCAGAUGUUAUUGAGCUGCUAUAGCUCGAAGGAGCGCGUUGAGCAGUUCUCGCUGUACGAAGUCUGCGAAGGCGAGGAAUACCAAAGGAAGUUGCACCCAGACGACUCACCCCUUAAAGUCACGCAACGAUGGACGAGCACCGAUCGUCAUCUCCGCAUAAGACGCAAUCCUGAUUACAAUCCUCAUAGAAGAAAAAGCAUGUGGGCGUCGGACUCGAGCAUCAGCGUGGCGAUGUCAAGACUGAGCCUUCACGGGAACCAUCAGGCCCACCAUUUCCAGAGUGCAGACAACAACAAUCAUCCGUCUUUGUACCAGUCGAAAGACGCGAGUUCGAUCAAUAACAACAACGUUCAUAAUAUCGAUCAGCAUCAUCUGUCAAUGGGUUCUUUGAAUCAACAAGCGAGAAUCGUAGUACCACAUGCGACUCAACUUCCGCGAGUGCAACAACUGCCACAGAGCGUGCCCUCGACGCCGAUCUCCUCGAAACACAUCACAGCGUCUUCGUACGCGGACUAUGAAAAUUACUUGUUCAUAUGAACGCAACCACUAAUUUAGUAAAGAUGACAAGACUUGCGCUAGGGAAGUAGAGGAACGUUAGAUCUUCUGAGAUAAUCGAUUCAUAGCUGCAGCUUCGUUUCAACGCAUUAUGCAGUAUUUGAUGCUUGAACAAUUAUUGUCAGAAUUAUUCAUCGUCAGCAGAAAAAUAGAAAAUUGAGGAAGUUUUAGAGGUAGAUCGUGAAUUUCUUUUACAUGCUUGUCGAAGGGUUACUUGUAUGGAUUAAUUCUCUAAGUUUGAGAUUAUUUAUGACGAAGGUAGAUUGUAGAGCAUGCACGAUCCGCUGUGUUUUGAUAAUAUCACGUUGAUUAGACGGAACAAAGAGAAUUCAUAAUUUAUAGUCAAUAGCGAGAAUUGUACCAAAGGUAAACGAUAGUUACACUAUUUAGUAUUAACGUACUAUUUAGUAGUAUAGUCAGUCGUAUAUGUAUAAAUGUUUUGUGUUAAGGUAAUAUGUAUAUGAUAAGAAAAUCGAAUAUCGAUUAAUCCUUCGGGACUUAUUUAUGCGUCGCCGCAAAAAUAUUUAAAAAUCGAUGUUAAUACUUUUACAGAAAAUUUUUAUACAAUUUUGUAAAGCAAUGUUCGAAUGGUACAAAGUAGUCCCGUAGGCUUAACGUCGUAUAUUUAUAGCUACGUUGCGAAUUGCAUUUACUCAAAGAAAAAUUGCGACCUUCACCCGCAUUAUUUAUUUGCAAUUGUAUAGCAUCUAAGGGAACGAAAGUGAAAUUUUAACUUAUUGACAAAAUCCUGUACCAUUUUGGUCGUGCAAUUCAAGUUGAACAGGAUUCAUAUAGUAUUCGUGUAAAUAUUUCAAUAAACGACGAAUUUGGUAAUCUUGGUAAUUAACAGUCAUUCGUGAGUUUAAAUAGGUAUUGACAAUCCUGUAUUUACACACGUGCACGUCAUUGCUCUCGUACAAAAAUAUCGAAUAUACCUGCUUUGAUGUAACCAUUGCUAGAAACCAGAGACAUGUUCUUAUCAACGUUACUUUUUGACUGUGUGUAUUUUUUAUAAUUGCAAAUAGAUAAUCCCCUUGUCUGCCCCUUUUUUUCAUUGUAUUUUGCUAGCGUCGGAUGUUAUAUCGAUUGCCAAAGAAUCGUCACAAUUUAAAAAUCAGAAAUCGAAUCGUGUGUCGAUAAGCCUAUUUUUUCCUUUUUGUUGUCACUUUGAUUGUCACAAAUCGCUUCGAGAUUGCGGACGGACAAUCACGAGACUCACGCAACUUAUAACGAGUACAAUGAACCUUGUAUUGUAUGUAUUAUUCCGAACGAUAUGGUAGAUUUGUAAAUAUACUUUUGUAUCGUAUAAUUCACUAAAGAAAAGAUUAUCAUUUCA